AUGCCGGCAACAUACAUGGGCUUCCCGCACGACAGACGAUUCCUGCUCUUCAACGUCGCGCAUGGCAAGCACAUGGCCGUCGCAACCUUUACCGAGAUGUGUCUUUUCACCACCGCCUUCUCCACCGAGGGUGGUGCUGGACCCGAUAGCAAGGUGAUUGUGACCUACACCAAGGACCACGUUUUCGACCAUCCCGACAAGAAAGUCAGCCCGGAUCAGCUACAUGUUCCCCUCAGUCCUGAAACCGCGGGUCUCAAGGAGGUCGAGGUCACCAUGCACUCCUCCCCGUGUAUAGGGUACGAUAUGGGCGAGGACUAUAAUGGCUGGUUCAGUGAGCGGUUUGGCUAUGAAGUAAAGCUGUUGUAUAUUGGCGGGAAUAAAAGGAAAGUCUUGGGAAAUAUGCCUCCGAAUGUCGCCGCACAGCAGAGGGCCGGCCUUGCUCGGGUGUCGAGCGGAAAGUCAAGCGAGAGUUCGUGGUUAGGCAGUAUAACAUCAACCGCAACCUCUCUUGCGCGAGCCAUCACUGGCGCGGCGGGCACCGACAUGGAUAAAGAAAACCAAUACGAAGGCAUAGACGAAGGAAUCUCUUUCGCCGACGUGGCUCCCUACCUAGUCAUAUCCACAAAAUCAUGGGAAAACGCACAACGCCGCCUCCCCGAAAACGAAGAAAUGGACAUCUCCAAGUUCCGCCCGAACAUUAUCGUCGAGGGCGCCGAAGAGGACUUUGAGGAGGACUAUUGGGCAGAGAUCCUGAUCGGUGGCCCCGGUGACCACGAUGACGAGACCAAAGGUGCAAAGAUCGUUUUGACCCAAAACUGUUCGCGCUGUAACUCGCUCAACGUCGACUACGCCACGGGCAAGGUCGGCCAAGGGGAAUCGGGCAAAAUCCUCAAGAAGCUGCAAAGCGAUCGGCGCGUGGAUCCUGGUGCAAAAUGGAGCCCUGUGUUUGGGAGGUAUGGAUUUCUCGCUAGGGUCCCCGAGGGCAAGUCUGCUGCCGAAAUCAAGGUUGGUGAUGAGGUGAGCAUUGUGAGGAGGAAUAAGGAGAGGACGAGAUUCGAGUGGCCCAAUUUGAGCACCAAUUGA